CGUAAAGAGUUGCGUGAGAAGGGUCCUCCAAAGAUCCUGCAGGAGCUCAAAGAUGUGGUCCUCGUUGAGGGCAGCGCCGCAAAGCUGGAGUGCAGAGUUAGCGCUUUCCCAGAUCCGUUCAUCAUCUGGUACAAAGACGGUAAAGUACUCAAAGACGGGCCGAAGUACCGCUACAUGUUUGAAGACCCGGAUUUUGUGGCUCUUGUGGUUCGAGAUGGAGUUCUGGCUGACCUGGGAAAAUAUACGGUGACCAUCAAGAACCCUUUUGGACAGACGUCGGGAUCUGCGUGUAUUCUGGUGGAGGUACCGGCUAAAGUUUCCAAAGGACCGGACAAUGUCAAGGGUAAAAGAGGGACAACAAUUGUGCUAAAGGCCGAGAUUAGUGGAGAACCUCCGCCAGAUGUUGCUUGGCUCAAAGACGGAGACGACAUAGAUGAAGACGAGCGGUGA